CCUCUUUCUCUCUCUCCUCCGCACAUAAAAAAAGGAAAAACCAACGGUGCUGAUAAGCAUCACUCUCUCAUCCCAGUCGUCUCCUCUCUCCUUUCUUUUCCAGCGUCCGAUCUAAAAUCGUCCCUGCAAUCACCAUCUCUCGCGCCAAAUAAAAUCAAAUAGCUAGGGUCUCAAUGGCGGAAGCUCCCGUGAGUCCAGGCGGCGGCAGCCACGAGAGCGGCGGCGACGGGAGCGGGAGCCCGCGCUCGAACGUUCGAGAGCAGGACCGGUAUCUUCCGAUCGCCAACAUCAGCCGUAUCAUGAAGAAGGCGCUUCCUGCGAACGGCAAAAUCGCGAAGGAUGCCAAGGAAACCGUCCAGGAAUGCGUUUCUGAGUUCAUCAGCUUCAUCACCUCCGAGGCGAGUGACAAGUGCCAGAGAGAGAAGAGGAAGACGAUCAACGGUGAUGAUUUGCUCUGGGCAAUGGCAACUUUAGGCUUUGAGGAUUAUAUCGACCCCCUCAAGGUUUACCUCACCAAAUACAGAGAGGUGGAGGGUGAUACCAAGGGCUCGGGGAAGGGUGGAGAUUCAUCUUCCAAGAAAGAUGUUCAGCCAAGUCCAAAUCCUCAGAUUGCUCGCCAAGGUUCUUUCUCCCAAGGAGGGAAUUACUCAAAUUCUCAAGAUGAUCCGAUUUAACGAAUGAUUUAUCGUCACAGAACCAAUACAAGAUAGCUCCUAUGCAAGGGUCAGAGUAGAUCAAGUCUUCUUCAAUCGACGCAAUAAAUCAGCUGCCCUUUAGUGUCCAGAACAAACAGCGACAAAUAGCGUGUUAAAUUAUCUGUUGUGAAGGUUAUAAUGCGAGGGUAGUAUUAGCGAUUUCGUUUGUUUACAGUAAUGCUCUCUUUUCUGUAUGGUUCGUAUGUUAAGGAGUUUAUUUGAGUUGAAUUUCUAGUAUUUUAAAUCUCGGGAGGAUCUGUAUUCUUCUGAUUUAGACUUUAUCAUGGCAAUGUGCCUAUUACGGAAGAAUAACUUACAUCGCACGGAACGCCAUUGCGGUGCUGACCCGUGCCAUGGUCGUCCUCCUCCUAUAACAGGCCUCCAAAUAUUUGGCUUCUUACUUGUAAGGAGUCAUCUUUGCAGGCAAAUUACAGAACAUGUGUAGAAAAUAUUCUUGUUAUCUUAACGAUUUACUGUGGCA